UGUGCAGCCCAGCCUUUCAACUCCGCCGCCUUUUGGCUUCCAUUCACGAGCUUUUUCUACUCAUUUCCUAAGCCAGGUGCUUCGCAAAAGACGACAAACCUCCGAGAGGGAAGAGAAAGCACACACAUACUCACGCACACACAUAUACACACACACACACGCACGCAGACAGACACACACAAACACCCAGAGUUCACUCGUCGACCACGGGACUUUUUUGCCUCACCUCGGCGGAUUUUUGGCUGCUGCACUCUGUGUUGAAGAGGAAAGAAACAUUUAUAGCGAUUUUCCGAAACUCGAUAGAGUUGCGCGGUUGGAUUUUUUCACCGAUGCCUUUUUUACAGUUCUUCUCCGACUCUCCAGAACUGGCAUGACCGGCGUCCGUCAACAAGACAGCUAUGUCCAAGCCGGCUGAUCACAUCAAGAGACCCAUGAACGCCUUCAUGGUAUGGUCCCGCGGCCAGAGGAGGAAAAUGGCCCAAGAGAAUCCCAAGAUGCACAACUCUGAGAUCAGCAAGAGGCUCGGUGCCGAGUGGAAGCUUCUCUCCGAGUCUGAGAAGCGGCCCUACAUUGACGAGGCCAAGAGGCUGCGCGCGCAGCACAUGAAAGAGCACCCGGACUACAAGUACCGGCCGCGGCGCAAGCCCAAGAACCUGCUCAAGAAGGACAGAUACGUGUUCCCGCUGCCCUACUUGGGCGACGCUGAACACUUGAAAGCACUUCCGGUUUCCGGUGCCGACUCGUUACUGGUUUCCGGGCCGGAUAAAGCGCGCGCGUUCUUGCCGCCGGCGGCCUCUGCGCCCUAUUCGUUUCUUGACCCAACUCAGUUCGGCUCCAGCGCUGCGCAGAAGAUGGCCGAUAUGCCACACGCCCUAGCCGCUGCCGCUGCCGGAUCGCUGCCCUACGCCUCCUCACUCGGCUACCAGAACGGGGCGUUUGGCGGCCUGGCGUGUCCGGGGCAGCACACACACACCCACCCGUCACCCACCAACCCAGGCUAUGUAGUGCCUUGCAACUGCACAGCGUGGUCGGCGGCUUCCAGCCUGCAGCCGCCCGUCGCCUACAUCCUAUUCCCGGGCAUGGGUAAGAGCGGCAUCGACCCGUAUCCGACGGCGCACGCCACGGCCAUGUAAAAUAACCUUCCGAAAAGUUGAGCAGAGGGACAAUUUUUGCUUUGGAAACUUGAACCACGUAAAACACAAUAUUCACACACUCACAUAAAGAGGAUCGACGUUACAAGAGCAAACAGACAGUCGGACUCUCCGAAAACUUCUACCAUGUUAAAACAAAAGGCAAUUUUGCUCUUUGAACCUAAAAGACGUUGAACCCCAAAAGACGUUUCUCUCUGGAAACUUUAACGAUGUAAAAUAAAUAAAUAAAAUUAAUUAAUAGCCACACAAAUAGAGGGUGUUCAGCUCAGAAGAAAACGCACAGCUCCACGGAAACUUCAGUUGUGUUACCCUCCGUAGAAAGAGGGAAAGGACAAUUUUCUUUUUCUUUUUUUUUCUUUUCUUUUCUUUUCUUUUUUGUGGAAACUUGAAUAAUGUUAAAGAAAAAAACAGGUCAUAAAAACAGUUAUAAAACAGCCAAAAGACGCUGUUGCUCUUUGAAAACUUGAACCGCGUAAACUGACCUAAGUGUCGCUCUUGGCAAGCUUGAUCUCUGCGCAGCAUGAUGCGAUCAAACAGACGCGCAAAGCUCAUUUUGUAGAGGCCGUGAGGACUUUGAGAACUGGAGAAAAACUUUCGAUUUUUCAUCAUUCUCGUUUUUCCCUCCGGACCUCUGCAUGGGAACUUGGGAGUAGAUGUGAAAGAUCAAGGAGCCCUGAACUGUAAGAAAUGUAAAUGUUAUAACAUUUAUUAUCGGCUAUCCGAUUAAGGAUGCCUUUAACUUUAUUUAUUAUGUACAUUUUUGAUGCUAUACUAAUAAUAAUUUUGUUUCAUGAUAUUAUUAUUAUUAUUAUUAUUAUUAUUAUUAUUAUUAUUAUUAUUAUUAUUAUCUUAUUUUAAAGGCCCAUUUGGUUUGCACAAGUGACAUUCACCCUUCAUAUCUCUUGUAUAUUGUACUACUUAUAUUUUAGCACUCAGAUAAAAUGGUUUGGAUCACGCUUAGAACUUUUUGAGUUGGAUGAACAUACGGGUUAUAUUGUUUAUAGGCUAUUUAUCAAACUGGUGCACAAAAUUAGACAACUAUUUAAAACAUCAAAUGAAAAAAAAUGAUAUCUUUUAAAACAUUUUUCUUUUUUUCAAAUUGUGGUUCAGUGCUAGUCACGCGUUCAAUUCAUCUGACGAAGAAGGAGCUGGAAUUUAAAAAGAAGCAGUUAAUGAUGUUGUGGUUUUAUUAUGAUUUAUUAUUUUUAAACUGCGAUGGUAAUUUAAAAGCUGUACUAAUGUUAUGGAAAGGAAGAUGUAUCCAAAUGGGUGAUACCUCGAUUCUUUGUUCAUUUGCCUGAGCAAAGACAUUUUGAAUAAAGACAAUCUGUCUUCAAAAUUAUACAAAAGUGGUUAUAGUGAAUAUUUUCCGCAUAUUUCGACGAAAUAAUUUUGUGUUUAAGAUCACUGUAUAGGGUAUAGGGUAAGUUAACUAACACCUCAAACAGGUUAUAUUUACCUUACAGGGACAUCUUGUUACACAAAUCAUUAUUUUUUAAACAACAACAACAACAACAACAACAACAACAACAACAAUAAUAAUAAUAAUAAUAAUAAUAAUAAAUUAAGUUUAUUAAAUACAUAGCUAGUCCUACCAAAUAUUCAUCUAAAAUUAUUGCAUUUUAAGCAUCCGUAUGGGUUUAAAUUUAAAACAAUAAUAAUUGCUCAUAGUAUGUGAAAAUUAAUUAAGCCUGCAUUUGCAGCAGGAUAUAUGCAGAGGUUAUAUGCAGCAGGAGUGUGUACACAGCACAGUGUGUGAGAGGGGACAGAUGACACUGAGAUAACACCGCUGUCAAACCUUCGGCUAUCUCACUGGACUCUUUAGGGACCUUCGAGCCAAAUUAGACGGCAACACAAUUAAGGUCUUUCAGACAAACCCAGCGCCCCGAACAAAAGACACGAAUUACAAUUUAUCCUGACACUAACAACAGCAUCCAAAAGACUCACGCCGUUUAGCAUCUGUUCCGUUUUGGGCACAAGAGUAAUAAAGCUUUGACUCUUCUGAAGAUUAUUGUACUAUUUCUGAUGUAGGCAAGUUGUGCAUCUGACUGACACCAUUUACACAGGAAAAAUCUGUGGCACAUUAUAUAAACGAGUUAAAUGAACGAACACCUGCAAUGUUGUAUUAACAACUACAGGAUUUACGUUUAUGUUUAAUAUUUUCACCUAAAAAUGAACAGUUUAUUUCAUACGUAGAAAUAAAACCCUGUAAAGUAGUUAAUUAACAACUUGAUUCUCACAAUAUUGUCAACCUUAACAACAAUAUUUAAUCUGGCUUGUGUGUUUCUGAAUUAACACUUACACUGCUACAUAGCUUUCAUAAUGUCAAAUUCACAGUGUUGAACUUGAAGUAUUUUACACAGUGUUGAAUGUAAACUCGCUACAGUAUAGAAUGAACUCAUUUACUAUGACUACAUGCAGUGCAGAAUUAACCUGCAGUGUUGAAUGAGCUCUUACAGUGGUCAUCUGUGUCAAGCUGAAUUUAUAUAAACACUGUCGGGUUUCAUUUCACCCCGCAGGGAUUCUCGUAAGGGAUCAGUUACAGAUUUAGCCAGUAGCAGCGGCAACAAGGAAUGCCUUUUAUUAUUUCAGUUAAUUUUCUGUCUAUAAUACUCACAGUGAAAUCUAUGGUUUAAAGGCUAUCUUGUUU